AUGACCUCCAGAAAAGACGAUAGUAAUCAAGACUCCGAAGAUGCCGCCAGUCUCACAGACGCAAAAAGAAUUUCAACAUUACAGGAAGAGAAACGACGCAUACUAGUUAACAUUCCUUUGCCUCACACUGAGCUCGAUCAACAUGGAGAGCCAAAGAAAAGUUAUGUCACAAACAAAAUCCGCACCUCAAAAUAUACCCUUCUGACCUUCAUACCUAAAAAUCUAUUUGAACAAUUUCGUAAGGUAGCAAAUAUGUAUUUUUUGUUCUUGGUUGUUCUACAAGCUUUUCCAUUGAUUGGCGGCGAUGUGUCACUUUUUGUGGGUGCCUCCCCGCUAUUGACCAUCAUAGCGAUAACCGCUUUCAAGGAUGCUUUCGAGGAUUGGAAACGUCACACGCAGGAUAGAUCCCUGAACAAAUCCAAAACUGUAAUAUUAGCAAAUUGGAAAAAUGUUAAUGUACCUGGUGGCGAAACACACAAUAAACCUCUAGAGAGGAUGUGGUCCAGUGUUAGCAGUUAUUUGGGCUCGAACAAUAAUAAAACUACUGACAAUAUAACAUCUGAUUCGUCAUUCGACUCCUUAGUCUCUCAACAAGUUCUGCAACCAAAAGUUGGCACGGCACAAUGGGCAGAGAGUCGCUGGCAGGACGUUAGAGUAGGGGACAUAAUACAAUUGAAGAAUAAUGAUCAAGUGCCGGCCGACAUCAUAAUAUUAUCGACCAGCGAACCGGAUGGACUAUGUUAUGUAGAGACCAAGGAACUUGACGGCGAGACAAACCUUAAAAUUCGUCAUUGCAUCCCUUCUACCGGAUCGAUAAUUACUGAGAGCGAUUGCGAACGUUUCACAUUCUACGUGCAAUCAGAACCACCGCAUCCAAACCUUUAUUCUUAUACUGGUGUGAUGCAUUUGUUCGGCAAAGAUAUCAACGCUGGCGAUCAACAAGCUGAUGAGACGACGGAAGGCGAUCGCAAGAUUGAACCAGUAUCAAUCAAUAACGUUCUUUUACGUGGAUGCGUGGUUCGUAAUACAGAGUGGGUCAUCGGACUGGUCAUGUUCACGGGAGCUGACACUAAGAUCAUGUUGAAUGCCGGUGACACGCCAAGCAAGAGAAGCAGGAUCGAGAUUGAAACUAAUUUUCACGUCACCAUGAACUUUAUAAUUCUGUUUUUACUCUGCUUCGGCUCUGCUAUAGCCGGUGCAAUUUUCUAUAUUCAACCCGAUAGUUCAGCUGAUGUCUUUGAAUAUUCUGGCAAUGACGCCGGCGGUGCCUUUGAAAACGGCUUUUUGGUUUUCUGGACGAGUCUGAUCCUGUUCCAAAAUAUUGUACCCAUAUCGUUGUAUAUUACCAUUGAAAUGGUGAAGACCGUUCAGGCAUACUUCAUCUACUCCGAUAUCGACAUAUAUUACCCUAAACUUGAUUAUCCCUGCACGCCAAAAACAUGGAAUAUAUCCGACGAUCUUGGUCAGAUAGAAUACAUAUUUUCCGACAAAACUGGCACACUCACUCAGAAUGUCAUGGAGUUUAAAAAAUGUACCAUCAACGGGGUUUCGUAUGGUCUAGGAGAAACAGACGCUGUUCGUGGUGCCAAGCUGGCCGAAUCAUCGUCUGCUGCUGUUGAAGAGGACGAAAUCGAUCUUGUGGCCGAAAAAGAAUUAAUGUUACAAGAGAUGUCCAAGAUAUUCGAGAACAAAUACAUUUCACCGAACGUUACUUUCAUCGAUUCAAAAUUAUUCCAAGACCUAAGAGCGGAGGGCGUGCAAGCCAAAGCAAUCCAAGACUUUUUCUCGGCACUCGCAUUGUGCCACACCGUGCUCGUAGAACAUCCUGACGAAAGUAACCCUUCGAGAAUUGAUUACAAGGCGCAAUCACCUGACGAAGCUGCUUUGGUAGGUUGCGCGCGGGAUAUGGGCUUCGUCUUUCUGGAACGAUUUCAGGAUACGCUCACCAUCGAGUUGUUUGGCGAGCGCAGGCAAUUCACUCUACUCAACGUACUCGAGUUCAACAGCACACGAAAGAGAAUGUCUGUGAUCAUUCGACAUCCAGAUGGUGGUAUAGUUCUCCUGUGUAAAGGUGCCGAUAGUGUAAUAUAUGAACGAUUGGAGAAUGGGAAACAGGCCGAAUUAAGGGAAAAUACUCUUAGAGAUUUGGGAGUUUUUGCUAAUGAAGGUCUUCGUACACUUUGUAUAGCCUAUCGCACAAUACCUGAUGAUGAGUAUGAAGUGUGGGCGCAAAAAUAUGCUGAAGCUGCGUCUAGUAUAACAGAUCGCGAGGAAAAAAUUGAACAAGCGUGUGAAAUGAUUGAACAAUCAUUAAUUCUCUUGGGCGGCACAGCAAUCGAAGACCGUCUUCAAGAAGGUGUACCCGAAUGCAUAAAAACCUUGUCCACCGCGGGCAUAAAGAUUUGGGUUCUCACUGGAGACAAAAUCGAAACUGCCAUAAACAUUGGAUUCGCUUGUAACCUCUUACAAAAGGACAUGACGUUGAUCGUGGUUACCGCUUCAGAUAAACAAGAUACCGCCCGUCAACUCAAUGAGGCUCUAGACAAAUUCUUUGGACCUGACGCGAAGCCAUCUGACCAGGAUAGUAAGCAUGCUUUGGUUAUUGACGGGGAGACACUUAAGUACGCUUUGGACCAGUCGUUAAAGAGUUUACUCUUGGAUCUUGGAAAGCGGUGCAACAGCGUAGUAUGCUGUCGUGUUAGUCCUCUGCAAAAGGCACAGGUUGUGGCAUUGGUAAAGGAAGGAUUGAAUGCCAUGACAUUGUCUAUAGGCGAUGGAGCCAAUGAUGUGAGCAUGAUCCAAGAAGCAAACGUGGGUGUUGGUAUCGUUGGAGAGGAAGGUCGACAGGCAUCAAUGGCGGCAGAUUAUGCUUUUGCACAGUUUCGAUUUUUGGAUAAACUGUUGCUGGUCCACGGACGAUGGUCAUACUUCCGAAUUGCCGAAAUGAUAUCAUGUUUCUUCUAUAAAAAUAUCGUGUGGACGAUUGCCAUGUUUUGGUAUCAAGUUUGGGCAGGGUUUACGGCACAAUAUUUAUACGAUUAUACAUAUAUCCUCCUAUACAACCUUGUGUUUACGGCUUUUCCCGUUAUGUUUCUUGGUGCUUUCGAUCAAGACGUCAACGUGAAAACUUCAUUAAAGUAUCCGCAAUUGUACAAACGUGGUAUCUUUCAACAGGAUUUUACGAAAUCGAAGUUUUGGCUUUAUGUUUUGGAUGCGGUCUAUCAAUCUGCCAUCUGCUUUUUUAUACCUUGGGGCUUACUGCUGAAUGGAUCAUCGCACGCGAACGGGUUACAAAACAAUGGGUUGAGUGACUUAGGAACAAUGGUAGCCGGUUCGGUGGUUGCCACCACAAAUUUCUACGUCGGGCUGAACAUAAUGAAUUGGUCAUGGAUAACGUUUGUGGUCAUUGGGUUUAGCAUUAUGUCAUUUUAUGUGUGGGUGGAAUUUUAUUCGCUUUGGUACAUCGGAUUCUUUAGAAUGGACCUCAUAUUAUAUACCGAGAUAGAAUUUUGGUUGGCGGUGGUUUUGUCGGUCAUACUUAGCAUCUUACCAAGGUAUUCCGUCAAAUACAUUCACAAGACAUAUUGGCCGAGCGAUACAGACAUCAUACGCGAAAAAUUGCAUCACGACAUCGGACGCCGGGCAUGA